GUACUUCACUGGUUCGAUGUCGUUUGGUAGGCGUCACCUAUUUUGAGUGGUGAUGCGCAGUGGGCGUUGUGUGUACUGUCUUCGUGGGAGGGAAACAAUCGAUCUGCAAGCUGAAACCUUCCGUUACUAAUAGGACAGUCCUCUCUGUUUAUUCGCUGUGUUCAAAUAUUGUGAAUUUUGGAAUUACUUCUGAAGAAUUUUAAAAAAAUAUGGCUGAUCCAGGAUUUCCAAGUCAGCAUGUGACAACAACAGGCACAACAACAGUUACAAAUACAACUGUUUCACCAGUUAUUCGUUUUGAUAAAACUUAUAUCAAGACAACUCCAGGCAUCUUGAAAGUGGCUCAGAUAAUUUUCAAUCUGAUUGGUUUCAUAUGCAUCUCGGUAUCUUACCAGUGGUGGCAGUCACGUGGUGGCUGGUUUAAUACAGUCUCAAUGACAGGAUUCUGGUUCACGGGGAUUAUGCUGCUGUUUUACUUGUUUCACGUCAUUGAGAAGUUCUACAAGGUUCCAUGGCUAAAAAUUGAAUUUGUAUUCUGUGCUGUGUGGACUUUCUUUUACUUAAUUGCUGCUUCUCUGGCUGCUGACUAUGGGAGGCAUGAUGAAGCAUAUGGUGCAGCUGCAUUUUUUGGGUUUGCUGCGAUGGUUGCAUAUGGAGUUGAUGCAUAUCUGAAGUUUGUGGCAGUACGAUCUGGUAGCAUAGCUCAAGGUCAACGAACUGUUCAGAAGACCACAAGCACAGUAACGUCCCCUGCAUAUUAAAAUUACUGAAAGUUUAAAAGACUCUACAACCCCUGUAUGAAGUGUACUGUUAUAUCAAAUGCCUUAUUUAACCAGUUUCUAUUAAUGUUUAACGCAUUUCACGCAUGUGUUUUGUACUGAAUUAUACAUAUAAUUGUUGCAAUGUAUUUAGAUACCAGAUUUUUUGUGUACCUGGUGUCAUAGUGAUUGCUAAGAUAGUACUGGUUACACUAGAAUAAUUGUAUAUUUUUGUAUGCUAGUUCAGCUGUUGUAUUUAUGUUGGAUAUAAUGUGACUAAUUGUUGAACUUUGUAAACUGAUAUUUUAUUGCUAGUUGUUUCUGGACCAAUCAGCCCACCAAAAAUGUUCAUAAAGUUUUCUCUGGCAACUUUUUGAAGAUUUUCCAUGUUAGUAGACAAGCAAUGAUAAAAACUGUAGCAGGAGGCUUGAUACAUUGUUUGCUGACUGCCCUUAACAUCAAAAAUGGUUUUAAACAACACGUCCGCUAGUCAGUGUAAAGAUAAUAUUCACAAGCCUUUUUGUUAUCACAAGUGUUUUAUACUUAACUGGAAAAUACCAUGUCUUAUUAGAGCUGAACUUCUUGAAAAUAUUUCCACUUAACUGUAAAAUAUUCAGUAAUACUUUGCUAGUGUUCGGCAUAAAUUGAAUGUUUAUUAGCAGUAGUUGCUGUGGGAAACUGUUGUAGUGAAUGCUGGACAUUCCACACAAAAAGGAACAAAUACUUUACGUUAAUGGUAAAACCAUGUUUAAUUUAAAUAUUCAUAAACUAAUCAGGUUUUAUAACCUAUAUUAGAAAUAUUUGUGUACUAUUCAGGAGCAGUUUUUACUGCUUCAGAUAUUUGUAACAUGUAACAUUUGUUGUUCUAUUCUCCUAAUGAGAACUUUUACCUUUUUUCUGUUCAUAAUUGCUCAUGCAGAAGUUCAUAUAUCAUUUAAUAACCGAAUCUCAAAUCACUUCUUUGGUCACUGUAUUGUGUAAAAGUGUACAGUUGUCAGAAAUAUAUUUUCAGUUAACAUUUUUGGCAGGCAGAUCAAUUUGAUUAUGCUGUUCUUGAAUGGCACUUUUAGUUACUCAUUGAUUGUAAAAAAUAAUGGAAAUUUCCUAUAGUGUAUUAAUUCAUGGAGCCCAGUAACACACAGUGGAAAAUGUCAUUUACACUAGCUUUCAAGUACUAGCUCUUUUUGCAGCAAUACUGCACACAUACACAACAAAAUCCACACAAACCCAAAUGCACACUUUCAUGGCUGAGCCUUACUGUGGCCACAAGAGUGCAUUUUGGGUGCCUGUGUGUUUGUGUUUGGGAAUGUGUAUACUACAGCUGGAAAAAGAGCUAGUGCCUGAAAGCUAGUGUGAAUGUUGUUUUGUAUUACUGUGCUUCAUGCAUCGAUCCACUAUAGAUGAGUGGUUGCCCUACACUUAUUUUAUGUAUUCUUCAGUGUACAGUUAGAUAUCCAGUGUUCUGGUUUUUUUAUGAAAUUUUGCUGGUUUUAGAUGAAAGUUGAUUACACAAGUAAUGUUAGUCAGAAGAGCAGGUAUCAAUAGUUGGCAAUUUAUGUACUCCUUAUUUUCUUGUGUAUGUGUUCGUAUUGUACCAUAAUAUACCCUUUAUCACCUUUCUGCAGUAUGUUCAGAACAUGAAACUGUUCCCACCAAAGCAACGAGAUUAAAGCACCAGAACGUAGCUGUGUAGUAAAAAUCUACUUGUCUGAAUGUGAUUUGAUGUAAUGAACAGAGCAGUUUCCUGUUCAAAUAACCGUUCUUUGCCACUUAAGAUGCAGAAGGAAGUUCGAGCUGUUGUCAAGAAAGAUGAACUGAUAUUUUAUGCUUGCUUCAGAGUAAAAAGCUACCACUUUUUGUUAAAAUUUUAACACUUAAUUCGAAUAUACAGCAACAGUUCCUUCUUUUGAGUUCUCUGAAGGAAGAAAACGAUAAAGAAGAGUUGUUAACCAUGUUCUUCAUUGCUCUGUUGUCUUGAAAGCAAAGAUAUGAUAUUUGCUUUACCAUGUUUGUUCAAAUCCAUGAAAAGUGGACCCAAAUUGAACAGUAAUUCUGAUCAAUAUGUAUGGAAAACGUUUUCUAAAAAUUUACGUCAUAAUUUCAAGAUGUACCUUAGUAAACAUAGUUGAUGAUAAAAUGUUUUUCAGAACACAAAUUACUACUACUACUACUACUACUACUACUACUACUAUUAUUACUACUUGGAAAGGGGGGGGGAGGGGAGAGAGAUUAUCUGGGAGGCAUAAGAAAGAACUGGAAAAGGAAAGGAUUGUUGAGAAUAUACAUCUAUAAAACUCUCUCUCUCUCUCUCUCUCUCUCUCUCUCUCUCUCUCUCUCUCUCUCUCUCUCUCUCGUGUUGUCAUUGAUUCUGACAAGCAGCUUCACAAUUUCCAAGCUCUGAAUUUGUUUCAUUCAGCCACUGCUUGUCACUUUUACAUUAACUGAUGCUCUCUCAGCAGUUAGUGGUUAAAUAGCUUUUAUCCACAAGCAUAUAAGAUUAUUCGUGGUAUAUCAUAACCCCCAGGUAUAAUAUGUUUACAGUUUGUAUUAUUGUCUUUGUGGACUGGCUGUUUGUUAGAUAUUAAGUUUGAAAGAACAUAUCUGGACAACAGCAUAUCAUAUAAUUAAUCAUAAUAAGUGUUAACUACACGUGUAAAGAGUAGUGUUGGCACAUUAGAAAUGCCUUUAGUCUCCUUAAGGAGAAUUGAGUCUGACACAUUGUAUGUCAUGUAGUAGUUUGUGUGUAUGUAUGUCUGUGUCAAAGUACAACUGCAAUAGAUUGUGUAAGUUAACUAAUCUGCUAGCUGUUGUAAAAUGUGUUAUAUGUAUGUCCGCAUGAAGACAAUACAGGCAGCUACAUUUACAUAUUAGAAAUUUGGGACCAUUGUUGAUCAAAGUUUAUAAGGUUGUUCGUAGAGCAGUAAAAGUUGUAUUCUCUUUACAUAAAGACCAUCUUCUGUUGUGUUAAUAACUUAUUGCUUGCCAUUUUAAAGUUUAUAUAGAAGUUGUGAUUUUUGAGGAUUUGUUGUUGAACUUUAUUAAUAGUUUUGUGACUAGUAACAUUGAUAAAUACAGUAAAUUAUAACAA